AUGGACGCCACCGACCUGUCCAUGUCAUUCGAACCCUCCGCGGCACGGAUGCCAAACCAGUGCAAAACACCGAUCGCCCAACUGGCGCCUUCCCUCGAGGACCACGACAAUAGAUAUUUUAUCGCAACUGUCAGCCUACUGUGGCCAUACUCAUCCUCCCAAAAAUGCCUGAGCCUGCUCUUAGCGGAGCCCGAUCCUCGUCUACGGUGGCCGGACGGCCAGGUCAAGGCAAUUUUCCAUGGACGCGUCGCAGAACGGGUCGCAGAGCAGCGCGUGGGGAUCGGUGAGACCAUUUGUCUGUCCUUGAAAUAUGGGCGCUUCGUGUCCAAGGAGGAUGCUUUGCAAACGCCCCGAAAAGGUGUACCCUGGGAUCUGCACUUCGACCAAGGUGUAAUGCUGGAAGUAGGUCGAUCGACCCUCAGAGGAAGCCCCUCAAUCUCUAUCCAUGUAGUGCCUCCAGCGACGCCUGAAAGAGAGCUUCCGUCAACUCCUCCGUCCUACUUCGUCGAUCGCGACUCCCCACUGACAGCUGUCCGAGGUCUGUGGGGCUCACCUGCUUUCCACAAGUCGUCACGGAAGUCCUCGGGAACCGCGGUCGACUCUGUGUUCGAUCCGUUCGCCGAAGAGGAUGGCUACGUUCCGGGAAAAGGAAGGAAACGACCAAGAUACAGCCUCCAACGAAACGAAUGGCGUGUUCUGGACGAGCCAGAAGACCCCCAAGAGCCAGAGGGAGAAAUGGACUGGGAGAAGGUCUUGGACGAAGAGAUGGUGGCUGAAAUCGACGAAGAUGAGGCGGAUGACGUGGCUGAAUUACAGAUCGAGGACGACACAUCGCCAGCUUCACCGACCGAGCCGCGUGCGGUCGAUAUGGAAGACCAGGGCGAAGACGAUGAAUCCUCGGUGUUUGCGAAGCCGCGACUCGAUCUUCAAAGCAGUGGACUUUUCAUUAAGCCUACAUUGCCAGAGUCCGACACGACCUCGACCAUAGCGCGUCUGCCAAUUUUUGAUUUCUCUACAAUACAACCUAUAGAUACGCCACAGCUUCGACCAGUACCUUCUCCAGGGUUACCGGUUCCAUCACCGCUGAUAUCUGACCAAGACAGCUCUCACGGCUAUUUUGCAUCUAUUCACACCGCACCACAAAUGCAAAACUUGCAUGGUACUACACAGCCAUCCUCAGAGAUCAAUGUGAAAGAGAGUGACUCACAUGACCAAAGCCCUAUUUCUCAAUCUCUGCAUGACUCGACCCCGCGCACAGAGCGACCAGACACGCAGGUUCACGAUAAAAGCAUCCCUCCCUCGCUCUCGCAGCCCACAAAUCAAGCGGAGACCGCAGAGGAUGCUCUUGCAGAGUCUUUUACCACUAUGGCCGAUGCAAACCAGCAAAUUGCCGUGGAUUCCUCGCUCUCGCGCCCCUUUGUCGCUGGUUUGUCAGGCAGACUCGACAAGGACAGAGAGCUAGAAUCUGGCAAAGAGCUUCGUCUUAGUGUCACCGCGCAUCGUGUCGAAUACCCGACUCUCUCCGAAUCAGAUGCGAUUGUUGAACAUGAAGAAAUAAAUAACGCGCAGCAAGCCGAGGCAAGCGGUCCCGGGAUAGAACUGCCGCCGGAGCUUACAAGCGCGGAGCCUACGGUCAAUCAGGCUUCAGAAUUCGCGAAAUUUCAAGAGAGCAUAACGGAUGAGACUGUUCUCCAUCCAGGGAUUGGAAUCUUAACCGAGGCGGCUGAAAGUUACCGUAUUUUGCAGGAUGAGAGCGAAAGUGACCAUCGGAAUGACGCCGAGGAAGAAGGUCUCGAUGACGAUGAUGCCGAAGCAGAAUCGUGGCACAUGGAUCAAGAAGCGGAUGGGAAUUUCUAUCCCGUGGAUGAAGAUAUGGAAAGGGAAGACUAUUCUAUGGAUGACGAUGCAGAGGCGGAAUCAUUUGCGGAAAGUGAGAUUUCAGACGACGAAACUGGCAGCGAUGAUGAUAGUGGUGAAUAUGAAGAGGACGACGAAAGCGAAACAAUGCACAGACAGCCGGCAGGUUCACCGGAUGUCAUUGUAUUAGACAGCGAUAGCGACGGCGAAGAUGUACCUGAGCCCCAGCUAGUGAUCGCCGAUACAUUCGAGGCGACGCGGCCGCGCUCAGAAACUUCAGAAAGAUCUGUCUAUUCCGAGGAGUCGCAACCCGCGCCAGCAUCACAAUUUCCGACAGCGGAUGAUCAAGGCGACUGGCCCGUCGAAAGUGGCUCGGAAGCGGAGAUUGUGGACAGUCAAGAUUCGGAAGGGUCCGAUUCUGAAGAGGAAGAGUCUGAAGAGGAAGAGUCUGAGGGGGCGGAUGAAGCGCAUUACUAUGAAAACGAGCGAGUCCGGGAAAGUGACUUGGAGGACGAGUCUUCUUCGAGUGAUCAUAUACCCGAGGAGGAUCACGAGCGCAUCGAGCAAAUAUAUGACAAUGAUGUCGGAGAAACCAGUCGCAACCCUGUUGAUGUUUCUGAAGAAGAUCACGCUUUCAGAGUCGUCGCAUCGGCGCAGAUUGAGGAGGAACAGGAGAAAGAGGAAAAAAGAAAAGAAGAGGACGAGGAAGAUCACGAGGAAGAGGCAAUCCAGGAUGAAGUCGGUGUAACGGAGGUUGUCGAGGUGAGCCAGUUGGGAUCUAUCAACGAGCCACUUUCCCACCAUGAAUCCGCAGUGCCAGAGUCUUCGCAAAACCAGGACGAAAUCCGUACUCCAGUUGAAGAGCCCAAUGAGGCAUCUGCCUUAGGGGUCACUCCCAGUUCCUUGCUCGAAAUGGAUGGAGCGCGGGACUGGCUUGCUUCAACAACCCCUACUGAAGACCCAACAGCGUCUCAAGGCAGUCAUCACGGCUCCGAGGAUGCGGAAGAGUCGUUACAGGCCACAGACAAGGUCUCUAUAUUAGAAGACCACAACCAAACCGCCGUCGCUAGUGAGAGGAUAGUCAAACACGCCUCAGUCGUGAACUCGGCCGAGCAGUUCUUGACGCCCAAUCCCACGCAAAAUGUUUUGCUCGAAACCGACAUAGGUCUUGAGAAUGAAUGGCGCAAAGUCUCCGACGACGAGAAGCAACCUCCCUCAGACACAAUGAACGAAUCACAAGCCUCUUUGCCAGCUGAACCUACUUCAGAAGCCUCGACGUCGAAAGAAACGGUCAUAUCACUUUUGAGCAAGCGGGACAAUGAGGAUGACGAUGAAGCUUCAAAAUCGUCGACGACAGCAUCAAUUGAGCCGACAGAAACCGAGGAACAAUUCCUGCAGAAAGAUGAACCGCAGCCUUCCACUGACGACACGACAAUGAAUGCCCCCGAAACCCCUGUAGUGGUUGUCAGGAAGGCUUCGCUACCAAAUCGAGAAGCCCAGGGCCUUCGCAGUAAAUUGUCCUACUUUGCUCCUCUUGCCUCACUAGCUGAUCAUUACAAUGCCCUGGUGGACACAAUCUCAAUUGUCUAUGAAUACGGCCCAAUUGCAAAGGCGACGUCCGGCGCCAGAGACUACUACAUGACGCUCUUUCUCACUGAUCCUUCGAUGGCUGGUACGACACUUGAGGCUCGGAUUUUCCGGCGUUACAAAUCUGCGAUGCCAACUGUGACAGAGGGCAGUGCCAUCUUGCUCAGAGACUUCAAGCCUCAUAGUCACCAGCAUUCGAUGGUCCUCAUCAGCGUUGAUUCGAGUUCUUGGGCCGUCUUCGACCAUCCAGGGCCCGAGGCCAAAAUGAACGGCCCACCUGUGGAGUAUGGAGACGAGGAAGUUCGCUUUGCUUCUGAUUUGCGGCGAUGGUACAUUGAGGAUGGCGCGGGAAUGGUGGCAGACAGCCGACUUCAGGCAUCUAUUGCUAUGGAAACUCGAUCAAGGACCCCCAGCAGUACUACGGCGAGCGACGCCGGUAGUCAAGAAGGUACGCCGUCUGCUCGAAGCUCACGGCGAGCUCGAAGGAGCCAUCGACAGGUCAUCAUUCACGAAUUGCGAGAUGGCACUCGUUACACGGAGAUUGGCUCACCCAGCGGACAACAUGGUAUCCAUGAGCUGCGCGAUGGAACGGUCUAUGCAAAUGAAUGA